CACAAAUAGCGACUCCAACAAACGAAAAAUCACCUUCAUUUCAAACGAUUAAAUUUUACUAAAUUUCAAAUACAAUGAAGGUAAACACCAUCCUCGCUGCAGCAACUCUUCUCCCCCUGGCUUCGGCCAGAAUCCGUGGAUUCGAUGCCAGUGAUACAAUCGAGAUCAACGACUUGGAAGAGCGCCUCCUGGCGUUCUCCCUCCCUGGGGAGGCAAUGAACGUCACCGACCCUGCCGAUGACGAUUUCGAUGCUGACUUUGAAAUCGAAACUCCUAAGGGAAAGAAACCCAAGCCCGGAGCUGCCAAAGUAAAGAUCGAGAAGGGAAAGAAACCYAAGAAAGCCGACAAGUCAAAGAAAUCUAAACUCGCCAAGCCAGAUAARRAAGCCAAGUCAGCGAAGGAAGCCAAGUCAGCGAAGGUAGCCAAGGAGGGAAAAGCCGAGAAGUCAGCGAAGUCAGCGAAAGAAGGAAAGUCAGCAAAGGAAUCGAAAUAAGCGUCUUGUUUCAGCGAGGAGGAACCGCUCCAGCUAAAUCAGACCAGUCAUUGGAAACAGGAAGAAGACGAUCCGCAGCUUCAAACGGUUUGCGUCGUAAGUGGAGUCCAGGCGCUGGAAAUGGUUCGAUUCGUGCUGAACCACCGGRUGUAUUGACCACUUCUAAUGCGGAKGCGGGAUAAUAUUUUAUGUAAAAGUUGUUUGAAUAGAGUUUUUUCAGCUGU